AUGAGAAAGAACUGGACAGGAGAAAGAACUGGACAGGAGGAAGAACUGGACAGGAGAACGAACUGGACAGGAGAAAGAACAAGACAGGAGAAAGAACAAGACAGGAGAAAGAACUGGACAAGAGAAAGAACUGGACAGGAGAAAGAACAAGACAGGAGGAAGAACUGGACAGGAGGAAGAACUGGACAAGAGAAAAAACAAGACGGGAGGAAGAACUGGACAGGAGGAAGAACUGGACAGGAGGAAGAACUGGACAAGAGAAAGAACUGGACAGGAGAAAGAACAAGACAGGAGGAAGAACUGGACAGGAGAAAGAACUGGACAGAAGGAAGAACUGGACAGGAGGAAGAACUAGACAGAAGGAAGAACUGGACAUGA